GACGUUGUUUCCGGGUGUGGAUUCCAUACCGUCAUCGCACAUGCGCGGUCAGGUCUCUGUCCUAGUCUGCAACGUCAGCAGCAGAAAAGCCAGCAACUUCUGAGCGACAGAACGAGACAGAGACAGAGAAAGAGGACACAAUGGAUCAAGUAAUGCAGUUUGUGGAGCCCAGUCGUCAAUUUGUAAAGGAUUCAAUCAGACUGGUGAAAAGAUGUACAAAACCAGACAGAAAAGAAUUUCAGAAGAUUGCCAUGGCAACAGCAAUUGGAUUUGCCAUCAUGGGAUUCAUCGGUUUCUUUGUAAAGCUCAUUCACAUCCCUAUUAAUAACAUUAUUGUUGGUGGUUAGGACGUCAUCUGGUCUAAUGCAAGUCGGGUAAGGAAUGAAGAUGAGAGGACGCCAUGGAAUAUUUCUUAUAUUUUGUGCUGUUAUGAAUCAAUAAAAAUCAUUUUGAAAUAUA